CACGUUGCAGCUUUUUCUCCAUCUCUCGAUCUCCUGCCCAGAAUGCAGAGCAAUGACAGUACAGAAGUGCCUGAUGUUGAGAACCAGACGCCCGGCCCCUUUGAUGGACCACAGUGGCCUCACCUGGCCCCCCGCAGUACCUUCCUAUCCGUGGCAGUGCUAAUGGGAACUGUGGUAGUGGCUGCAAGUUUUGUUAAUGGGCUGGUUCUUGUGGUUUCUCUGCGUUACAAGAAAUUGCGCUCCCCGCUUAAUUACAUCCUGGUCAACUUGGCGGUUGCUGACCUCAUGGUGACCUUCUUCGGCAGCACCGUUAGCUUUUCCAACAACGUCAAUGGCUACUUCAUAAUGGGCAAAGCUGUGUGCAAGUUUGAGGGCUUCAUGGUCUCCUUGACAGGUAUCGUAGGUCUCUGGUCUCUUGCCAUCCUGGCCUUUGAGCGCUACAUUGUUAUCUGCAAGCCAAUGGGAGAUUUCCGCUUCCAGCAGAAGCAUGCUGUGAUUGGCUGCUCGUUCACAUGGGUGUGGUCUCUGAUCUGGACGACUCCUCCUCUCUUUGGCUGGAGCAGCUACGUUCCUGAAGGGUUGAGGACCUCCUGUGGCCCUAACUGGUACACCGGCGGUUCCAACAAUAACUCAUACGUGCUGAUGCUGUUUGUCACCUGCUUCGUGAUGCCUCUUAGCAUGAUCAUUUUCUCUUACGGCAACCUGCUUGUCACGUUGCGAGCUGUGGCAGCGCAGCAGAAAGAAUCCGAGACCACUCAGCGUGCCGAACGGGAGGUGACGCGCAUGGUGAUCGCCAUGGUGAUGGCUUUCCUGAUCUGCUGGUUGCCCUAUACCACCUUCGCAUUGGUGGUAGCCAUCAACAAGGACAUUGUGAUACAGCCCACCCUUGCCUCAAUGCCCUCCUACUUCUCCAAGACCGCCACUGUCUACAAUCCCAUCAUCUACGUCUUCAUGAACAAGCAGUUCCGUAACUGCAUGCUGACGAUGAUGUGCUGUGGCAGGAACCCAUUCUCCACUGAAGACGAGAGCUCUGCAUCGGGCUCCAGCACAGCUGGCCGCACGGAGAUUAGUUCAGUAUCUGCAGGAGGGAGCAGCAAGGUCACCCCUGCCUAACACCUCCUGCACCCGCUUUCACCCGCUAGUCUCAGCAUAGUUCAGUAUCUGCAGGAGGGAGCAGCAAGGUCACCCCUGCCUAACACCUCCUGCACAGCCUGCACCCGCUUUCACCCCUGCUAGUCUCAGCAUAGUUCAGUAUCUGCAGGAGGGAGUAGUAAGGUCACCCCUGCCUAACACCUCCUGCACAGCCUGCACCCGCUUUCACCCCUGCUAGUCUCAGCAACGGCCACCACUGGUUUCCGCUGGUCAGAGCUGGUAGUUGUACUGUACUGGUUUUCAGCUGGUCAUGCUGGUUAAAGAGACUGUAAUGCUUGUUCAAGAAAAAAUGU